AUACCUAGCCUCAUGGCGAGGCACUCCCAAAAGAAGAGCAUAGGGAGUCAGUAUAAGAUGCUUUCUUCCAUUGGCCACGGUGAAUUCGGCACAGUGAAACUCGCCUGCCACAGGAAAACCAAGGCCCUCGUGGCAAUAAAGACUAUACAGAUCACAGAGAGGCACAUAAAAAGGAUCCUGUCGGAAGUAUCAAUACUCAAGAUGCUACACCAUCCAAAUAUUAUUUGCCUCUAUCAAGUGCUGGUAACAGCAAAACAUGUCCACCUUGUGACUGAGUUUGCUCCUGGAGGAACCUUAUAUGAUUUGAUAGCUGAAGAUGGCCCCCUUCAGGAAGAAGUGGCGAAGAAACAUUUUGGACAGAUUGUGUCGGCAAUCAAAUACUGCCACACACUCGAUAUUGUCCACCGGGACAUUAAACCACAAAACAUCAUGGAAGAUGAAGACGGGCUCAUGAAGGUCAUCGAUUUUGGCCUUGCAGCACAUCAGAGACCUGGCACCUUACUGAGUGAUUUAUGUGGGACCAAACGUUUUGCCGCACCAGAGAUUUUACUUGGGGAGCCAUAUGAUGGAAAAAAGUCCGAUGUGUGGAGUCUGGGCGUGCUGCUCUACUUUAUGACCGCCGGGUUCGUCCCCUACAAAAUAGUUACCAAUAAAGAUACUGAGGAAGAGGUCGUUACACGGACCUAUGCUAUCCCAUCUUACUUUUCUGGGCAGCUUGAAAAUCUUAUUCACCAAAUGCUCACAGUUCCCAUAGAAAAGAGGCCCUCCAUUGAAGCUAUUGAAGAACACCCAUGGGUCAUAAAGUCUGAACAGAGUUUGUCACCUAAGACCUACCCAGACACCCAAAUAAUAGAUGUGCUCUGUAGCAUGGGGUUUAAUGCCAGUGAGAUUAGAGAGUCAUUGAAAAACCAAAAAUUUGAUGCACCAAUGGGGGCAUAUUUAAUUUUGAAAGAACAAGAAGACAAGAGGGUUGAGUAUUCAUCAAUCACAUCAUCCAAUCCCCUGGACCUGUGCCCUACCCCAUCCCCACACGAGUCAUAUUCCUCUGUCUCUGGUCUUCCCCUAGUAAGAAGGGGCAUUGAGCCCAACUUUUGCCCACUCCACAUCUGGCCCUCAGGAGAGCAUGGGCCUGUUGCCUUGGCACCGUCAAGAUACAAGGUGGCCAGAAGUGUCUCUAUGCCUCCCAUUUCUGUAGAUUGUACCAACAAGAAGAGCAGCACUUUUAGCUGUUACCUCCAUUCUGGACAUGGGAGUGACCCAUGUAUCUGCAGAAGCCUAUUGGAGGAGGAAUUGCCUGUGCUUCCUGACCAAGACUAUGACAUUGAAACAUCAUCUCCCCCUCAGCAGAUGGGGUGCUUUAAGAGACUGAGGAACAGCAUCAGGGAGUGCCUGUCAAGACUCAGUUGUUUGCCCAGGGCUUGGAAGAAAAGAACCCAGCAAAGAUUCUCCAAGAAAGUGGCACCCCUGAAAGAGGCAGGAGGCCAAACCCAAUGAAGGGUUAGCAGGCAUCGGAGGCGCAAUCUCUGCUUUGUGUUGUGUGUUCUCUGUCUUUAUUCGUGUCUUCUUGUUGGAAAAAGCAGAAAGGUGUACAUUGCUGGGGUCUCCUGGGAUAUCAGAUGCAUUUCUACUCCAGCUGGAUUAAACCCUGAUCCUGGGCUCACCACCUCAAGAGGAAAUCCGGCUGGACCAUGCCUAGGUGCUAUCUGAUGCAGCUACACUAGCAGUAAUCAGCAAGAGCUGUGGGUACUGCCAAGGUGAAAGGGGAUGUGUGGAGUUGUUGUCCAUGGGGAAUAUAUUCUGAUAGAGACUCUGCUUGGGGACCCAGAGCCUGGCAGAGUGACCAUGGUCAAACACAAAGGGGCCACCUGAGUGUCCCCCUACAUUUGCACUGGACAGGCAGAGUGUGCUGAGCCCUGUGAAGCCUCACAUGGUUGCUUGGAUGCCUACAUGGGGAAGCUGAGCUGGAUGCCCACUUACUGAGUAUCGUGGGUACCCUAUCCAGUGGAGAUGGUUUCAGUGUCACCACAGUGGCAUGCAGACCCUUGGCAUACCAUUCCAUGCUGCUCUUACCAACCUACUCCUACUCAGGGCAGACUAGCUGGCAGAGGAUCUUCACGGCCACCAGGCUCAAGGCAGCAAUGCCUCACAGUGAUUCCAUCAGGACACUGACCCCUGGCCUUCUCAACUCUCCCUUCUUCUCGUCAUCACAGGUGAACCCAACAGAGGCCUGCUCAAGAGCAAGUAAGGAGCAGAGAUGGGAAGCAUCCCACCACAGCUCUGCUCUGCAAUCCAUUCAAUGCCUGUGCUGCCUUGGGCAAUUCCUGUGUGGCCACAGGACAGGCUAAGGGACACCCAUCCAACAUCCCACCCCCGUGCAUACGUAAGAAGCACCUUGAUGGCCUCUCACACUAACCAGGCUCCCUCAGGUCUACACUGAAGCUCCAGCAGCCUGUGAACUUCCCAUUGUCCUGUGAGUCCCCCCUGGGAGACGUAGGACAUAGUAUAUGGCUGACAGCAGGAGGCUCUGGGGUUAUAGGAGAUGGGCAUCAGUUGUGGGAGCAUGAAUGGACUCCAGGAUCUGACCCAGAACCAAGUCCCAGGAGUGCUCAAGCUGUGGACAUGAAAGGCUUCUGUCUACAGUGAGUGUGUGGUGAGUCUACAUUGCAGAAGGACCACACACAGAGGUUGAGGGAAUACAAAGUGAAAGGUCAGCCGCCAUGCAGUUCAGUCAGCCUGUGUGAGCUGCUUUCCUGUGGGAAGGGUUGGGGCAGGCACACAGCACAUCUGUCUCUCUGAGCCCAAGAAAGCUGCAAACCUUGUGAGUGAACCUCGAAGGCUUCAGUGACUGAGAAACAAGAACUUUCUGACCAUCUUUCUGACACUCAGUCUUCCACAUCUGAAGAGCCUGGAGGAGGGUCUCCUCUUAUGUGUCAGAUGGUAGCCUUGUGACCAAUGUCACGGGGUUUCCUUGGGAUGUUGUUCCCAGGCCGUGGGCUGUUCGGCACGGCAGGGCUUGGUGUCCGAGCCAUCUGGCUUGCUCUUUGCUUUCUGGGCUGGGCCCGCCCAUGUGCUCCCUCUACAGUCACCUGUGCCCACGUCAUUGCUGGAGUUGUCCUCUUUCACGGGCCCCACUUCACUCUACUUAAAUGCUCGAGACUUCCAGUGUGAAAGCGGGGUCUGAAAUCCAAUCCCGUGUUCGAGGCUGACUCUGUCAGGCUGUGAUCAGUGCUCCCGUCAGAAGACAUUCACGAAACCUGUGCUGUGUGCAAAGCCCUCACUACUUGCUGGAUCCCGGGAUCUUUAGGCCUGAAGAUCUACCUGUCGCCAGCAGCAGACAUACUGGCAGAGUCCAGGAAAAACAGGAAGACAAAAAUGGUGGCGUAGGGCCACAUGAAAACAUCUAACAAGGUAAGGGACAGAGAGAAUGCAUGGUAGUCCAGGGAGCAAGGAGACACUUCUGUGAAGGCCACAGCCGGUCAGAGCCUGGGAGGGAAGAAUGGAAUGGACAGAGGUCCAUGGGAGAAGCCAUGUGGCAUGCUGCCAGCCUGAAUCCCUGGACAUGAUGGUGUCUUUCUGUGACAGUGCAGUGUUUGUGGUCACCCAAGGGGAAGCUGUUUGUACGUCCACUUCAGGUGAAACGUCCAGAAACUCGUAAUACUGCUCAGGCUCUGGCGUUCUUGAUGUCCACACGAGGAAAAUACCCAAAGGGUUCUUGCCCUGUGCCUGAGGAUCAGAAAACACAGUUCUGAGAGGGGUCAGAACUGUGGGAAAGAACAGGGCCAACUAGAAACGGGGAUCAUAGUGGCAUCCCAGAAUCUAGAGGCUCUGCUCCAGCUGUGGGGCUCCACCCUCUCUCACUUAUACCUGUAGGUGUGCCAAAGCCAGUGGUGAUUCUAGUUAAAACGUGUCACCAGGACCUGCGUAUGCUUCCCCUCCAACUCGAAGGAUCUGUAACGUGAGCCAGCCCUAAUCUCUCUAGAAUUCCCCCGCUGAGGCAUUAGUACAGUAGGAAGCUGCCACAAGGCUUCUGGGAUGAGGUUGCCUGAGGCUGAAGCCAAAAUCCGACAGGUGUGUGCCAAGUCCUCCUUGCUCCAUGACUGCCAUGAACACAAGAAGCAACAGGUCCUGUUUGGCUCUCCAAGAAAGUGUUUCUUAUCUUCACACGCAUGCCUAUAACUACCCUGAAAGAAGUCAAGAGUAGUAACUGAAGAUGACGCCUCCGUCCUACAGGAGCUGGUGCAUGUGGGGUCAGGAAGGACAUAGCUCUCUGACGAUGAGGGCAGGUGGUCAUUACUGCAGAGGAUCACAUCUCAAUACCAACGCUGAACUGGAAACACAGAGUAAAACCCUCCUCCCUGAGCAAGGUAUGCAGGAAUAUGUGAGGCUGUUGUUCACAGGAACAAAUGUCCAGGUGGAAUAUAAUGUGAUUGUGUGGUGCCCGGCAGAGGGACAACGGUCAACGCUCUAAUGGGCCACCUCAGCGUCUCCCUGGGGUUGAGAAGAACACCCAGUGCUGAGCUCCAUCAGUGUAUCAGUGUGGAGCGUCACCCUCUGGAGAAGUGGGAGAGACUGGACUCCCACCACAGUGGACUGCAUUCUGGCCAGUAAGACAGCAACCAACCCAGUAAGGCAGUGUGUGGACAAUGAGACAGAAUUCUCUACAUGGACUCCAGUCACAAGAGCAGGGCCUCUUUGUCAGCUGCCAAAAGCAUUUGGUAAUCAGGGAACAAAACCUGAGCAGAUGCCCUCAAUGCCUCUACGCCGAGACCAAAUGUCAUCCAUCCUCAUAGGACACUUAAGCAGUGUUCUUUCCUCCUCUUCCCCCAUUGGUUCUAUCUCCUAUCAAGGUGAAGACAUUUCCUUCCCGUGGUCAGACCUGAGUCUUUCUCCAGACGUCAGGUAACACAAUUGAAAAGAGGAUCUGGACCUCUCUGUGCUCGCAUGUCUGUAUGGACAUGCAGGACUGCACAGGCUCUGGAAGACUUUUUUGCCAGCUGCAGGAUCAGCUGAGGACCUGCGCUCUCCACAUCUACUUCUGAAAAGCUUGUACGACGUGUCCUCUGUCAAGGCCAUUCUGUGACUGACAGUGAAGUAGUGAUACCCUGGUCUCCAUAUGAACAUACCAAGUCUGCCCCAACAGGGUGCUACUGUCAGUACUGGGACACUGAGGACAGAAGGACUAUGACAGUAGGGCGCUGGAUGCAAUGAUGAUGGUGGCACCUUGUAAUGCCGACAAAAGAAGCUCAGGCCACAAAGGAGGUGGACUUCACCUGUGAGACCUGAGUGACUCCUGGAUCAGAGUCAACACCAACACCCAGGAAUCCAGGAGCUUUGCAUGGUGGAUGCUUCGGUCCACAGUGGGAGAGUGUGAAGUCUGGGGUGCACUCAGUCUGUGUAGCUGCACAGGGAACAAACUAGGCUUAUCUCCCUGGACUUCAGGGUCCCAAUGAGAAAAAUAGGAAGCAUAGGCUUCUUCAUUUGGGAAGGGGAGCCCCAGAUGAUGCCUAUAUCCUGAUCAUUUGUAGGUCUCACGAAUUCUGAGGGAACCUCUAAGGCUUGAAUUACUGUGAAACAUGCUGCUGUGUGCCCCAGAAUCCUGCCUGAGAGCAGCAUUCACACCCAAAUGGCCAGAACCCAAGAGUAAAGGUGAAGGAGGGGACAGGUGUUCUGGUGACCUCUAGCAACACCAGGAUCCCUGAGGCUCACCACCUCCUAAAGCACACGUAACCCAUAUCAGUGCAGGUCACACCAGGGCAGCCGUCGCUGCUCCAGAGAUACUGCUGACAGGAAAGGAAGGAGGCCUCCUCUUCCCUGUUGCGCUUAUCUUCAGAAGAAUCUUGAACACUUACAUCCCUGCAGAUUUCUUAACCUGGCCUGACCGCUAUGCUAAUCUAAGGUUCCAUAUUCUCCCUGUCUGUGACUAAAGAGAAGACCACAGACAUCUGCAACUCUGAUCCUACCCAACUGAGACUCCAGUGCUCAAGGCAAGAGUGGACAGAGACUUCUCAGUCAUACCCAAGAAAAUGUCCAAAAUCAAGCUCUGGGGGAGGUAAGAGUGGGAGAUGCUGCAGUGCUGUGGACAGAGUCUAGAGUCUAGGGAAUGAAGUCUGUCCUCAUUAGGGCCAGGAGACAAAGGAGGAAUGGGGGAGCAAACACAGAUGACAUUGGUGUCCUGAUGUAAAGCCCAAGAUCAAGGGGGGGCUACUGAGAAUCCUGAGCCCUGUGAGAGUGACCCAGGACAUGAACAGUGGGUGGACAUGGUCCCCAACACUUCCGGCUGCAGUGUUGUUACCAUGACCUAUAGAAGCACAUGUCCCAGUGGACUAUCCUCUGACAAGGCUACUCUGCCCUUCAAGCUCAUGGGAUGACUGCCCUGACUCCAUCCAGGAGACCUGGCCUUAGAAGUUACUACUAUCACGGAGGUGAUGGUAAGGCCAGGAGGACCAUGACAGUGGGAGGCUGCAUGUGAAAAUGAAGGGUGGCCCAGCAUUACCUGGAAGCUACAUGGUUUAACCCCUGAGUCCCUCUUCAGACCUUCAUUCUAUGCUGGUGUCCUCCUAGUCGCAACUCUGUCACCAGAAGACAGCAAUGUCUUCCCAGAAUCCCUCAGCCUUGCUUCUCAGUCUUGAGACUUGAAGAGCCUAGAGGAGGCCUCUACAGAUUAGUCAGUGGGUGGCCCCUGAUGUCUGCCAUUUCAUUUCCUUGGGAUUGUGUUCUGUAUGUGCACUGUCUGAUACAGCUUGGCUCUCAGUACUUACCAUGCUGCCUGUUCAUCAUGCCCUGGACUGUGCCUGCCCCUGUUCCCCUGUAGCAUCAUGGAAGCCAUCGCUCCCUUCAGAGGCCUGACUUCAUUCUUACCGGCAAGGAUUUAGGGUGAAGAUUGGCUCUGAGAGGUGACCCCAGCUUCCAUCCUGUCUCUAUACAUUCAUGUGAUCUGUCCUUUAGUCAGUUGCCAUUCACUAUGCACAGUGAUGUGCAAGGCCCUCGCUAGGGGCUGGAUCCCAGGAUCACUAUUGUGGUGGACAAGCUGUGCCCAAGGAGCUGACACUCGGGCAGGGUCCAAGGCACUCGGGAAGACAAAGGUGGUGAGGUGAUGGGAAAGUCAGAAGACGAGGAGGGCAUCUUGAUAGGAGGACAAUGUUGGAAUCCCAGAAAAAAGAAGCCAAGUUCCUCCAUGGGGCUCCACCAUUCUUCUCAUAUAUAUGCAUGUUGACUUUCUAAGCAGAUGCCUCCAGUUAUGAUUCUGACCAUCAGUAAGCACUUAAUGGUCAUGAGGCUUCCCUGACAGGAACAAAACAGGACUGAGCCAAAAUCUCAUUUCUGUGCUCCAAAGUCCUUCCCUGUUUGUGGUUGCUGAGGACGGUCUGAAGAGAAAGACGGGACCUGCUGUGUCAGUGAAUGCCCAACCUCUGGAACUCUAUCCUGGUGCUUUCCCACAAGAUGCUGCUGGAUAUGGCCCCGUGGCAGGCCAAGAGCCUCUGUCUGCCAGACAGGAGACACCGUCACUGAGUCCAGCAAGCUCACGUGCAUCAUCACAAGCAGAUGUUGGAUGGAGGUCUGGGAAACACAGUGUGGACACGUGUGAUUUAGGUCCUCCAUUUCAGUGCCUAGACCUAGAAUUCCUCUGCACGUUGGGGCUUGGAAAAUGGCCACGUGCAGAGGGGCUGGCAGUUCAGGGAGCAGGGACAAAUCUGCACGGUCCUACCUCCCAGAAGAUGAGGCGAGGCGUUGCGGUUAGCAUGACUCGUGACAUGAAGCACUCAGAGGUUCACCACGAAUCUGAAAGUCAAGACACCGACCUCCAUUAAUAUUGUCUUCCUUAGCCUUCCCUUAGAGACAAAACUGAAAGUCACCGUGGACCUUAUCUUUAACAUGCUGCUUCCAUUGUAAAACACAUUGCAAGAAAGAGUUGAAAAGACCACUUGUAAAAUUUAUUAAUGGGCUGAAUUCUCAGGAAACCCGUAGCCACGAGAAGGAGGUGCUUCAAGAGACACUAAGUGCAUCUCAACAUUGAUCAUCGUGAAUAGACCUUCUAACCAACACUGAGAAUUCAUUUGCCAGAAAAUGGAACAUCCUUGUGGAAAUGACAUCUCUGGACCCUCAUAAGCCCAUCCUGGUGGAGGGUAGAGCUCUGUCAGUCAUGGGAGCAGUGCGUCUCUGCAGGUCAAGAUGAGUGGAUUCGUGGAAACUUUUAUCAAAAUGUGUUAAUGAUCUCAAGCAUUUGACUGUUAACUAUGGAGGAAGAACCAUUGGCCAUCAUCCUCACCCGUGGAUGUGUCUAUAUGUCCGUCCCAGCCCUUGAGCUGUCAAGUCUCCAGGGAAAACUUCGUAGGGGAAGGUGCAGGAUCUACGUGUGGGUCUCUUUGCUUGCCUUCAGUACACGGAUAACACAGCCACACUUAGGGAGGAAAACAAAGGCCUUGAGACGCCACGCUGUUCACCAGCUCUAGCAAUGCAGGAGCAGAGCCUGCAACCAACAUCAAAACUUUUGAGUCUGAGGACCCUGUCACCUUCCCCAGGACAACUACGAUGCCACUGGACAGGCAAGUAUGGCACAAGUUAACUCUUUCCAAAAAGAGCCUGACUGUCCUAGUGCAGAGAGCCCCCAAGUCCCCUCUCUCAGCCUCCUUCUGUUCUUGUAUGUCUCCUUGGCUAGCACUUCAGUGAGCUUCUGAUUCUGCUGACAGGAGAGCUCCACCGAAAAGCUCAGACUUCAGGUUAGAGGGACAAGUAUAGCAAGGACGGUUUCUUAUGCAUUGGUAGGGGUGCUAGGAAGUCUGGGAGGUGCAGACUGGUGGGAAAAGAGCUGGAAACAUAUUCUGCAAGAAACCAUUCUUCUCUCAACUUACACAAGAUCCUUCAUUUUUUUUCUCCAUAUUCAGCCUCUUGUCAAACAUUUUGGCCUUGCUGAUGUCCACCGCUUAGCAGUAGAUUGCAGCCAAGUAGCCUGGGCUCUAUAAGGAGGGACCACAUCCUUAGGAAGUACUUGGAAAGCAUCCAUGCACAGGAGGAAAGUUCAAAUCCAAAGUCUCAUCAGAGAUUCCAGGAUACAGAGAGCCUGACAGCCUCAGGUCAGAGGUUACCUUGAAUCCUAGAAGAGGAAGAAGGCCCCACUCCACAGAAGAAGCUUGGUGAUGAUGCUGUUGCAACCAGGACUAGGAAUGUGACACUUGUGUCUGUGGAUACCGGGUUCAGGAGUCUUGUGCCCAGGUAUCCACAGUCCUCAGGUACCUCAUUUGGUGGAAUUUUGCAAGUUCUGACAUUGUCAGUGUUAUGUGCUAGUCGUGUCCCACUUGACACAUAAGCUAAGAAAGAUAACCUCUGAGUGGAUAUAGGAUAAGAUUUAAACUUAGGACUACAUGCAGCCAGAAAGAUGAAAUCUUUCAGCCAGGGGUUGAGACAUGUCUACUGGCUGAGGAGCUCACUUCUCAACGGCUCUCCUGAUAGCAUACACUGGGAGAGUAGGGUGGGGAAGAAAAGAGGUAUCCUGGGGUUUCCCCUGGCUCCUUUAGUUGUAUUCCGGGCUUUCUGCAGCAGCACAUGACAUGCAAGUAAUAUGUUGCUAAUACUUUACCCAGUCUUCCAGCUGGCAAACCCUUAAAGCAAUCCUUUGGUGUGUGUGCACUGUUUUAAUAAUAUAUACAGCCCUGGCUUUAUGUAACUCUAUGCUUCCUCAAGAUUCCUAGGUCCCAUGAAGAUUUUAGCUUGUUAAAACAGAUGUCUGGAAUGUGGGGCUUGUAAAAUUGGCUGUUGCCUCAAAAGUGCAACCUGAUGAGGGUUUGACAUAGACGCCCCAUCAUGAGUUUCACUGUCCUCAGGAGGACACGUAACCAUCAAACAAGGAUGCUCCCCAUUUUGCAGAAGAAGAGAUAAAAAGACUUCUGAAGCUUCUGCAACUUUCAAAAAGUGAUCCUGAAGCAAGGAGAAGGUGCUGACUUAGGAUGAGACCUCGAGCUCAUAUGUUCAACACAAAAAAUCCAUCCAUCCAUCCAUCCAUCCAUCCAUCCAUCCACUCACCCUCUCUCAAACAUUCCUCCCUUUCCUCAAAAAAUGUGCCUAGAAUGUCUCCAGGAUCUCCUGCCCGUGAACCUGGUCUCUAAAGUCACUAAUUUUGGGCUGCACUAUGCGGAGCUCUUCUGCACUUUGCUGCUCACAGGUCCUUUCUUUCCUCUGCCUGGGAUCCCCGUCCUGCAACUGUGCAUUGUUUCUCCUUAUCAAAUCCAACAUCCAGAUGAUCCUGCUUGAGUGAUCCAUAGACUUCUUAAACCCCCUGGGCUCUGCUGCUCUCUAGAAACACCCUGGAGGAAAUCCUAAGUGAGGCUUCACCUGUCACUGGGCACCUGGGAGGCUGGAAAAGCUGGCAGGCCUCAGCAAAGCAGCCCAGGCUUGUCCUGCAGAUGACCCUCUCUAGACAUGAGGAGCUUCCAUGUGUCCAGCAAGGGCAGAAUGGUAGGGCCUCCUUGUGUACACACAGAAAGAUACCCAGGUCAAGGAUUCCACUGUGCUUAGGGCGUGAGCACAAGAGUGGUGAGAUUGGUCCCCGGGGAUCCUUUUCACUUGGGUCCAGCUUGAGCCGCCAUAGAAGACUUCAUAGAGAAACUUCAGGAAGAAGGGCUGGGUUACAGAAUGAAGAUGAGGGGAGGAAUCCUGCACUGAAAUGCUGUCUCCCAGAGCUGGGGAGAUAGAUCAGUGGGAGAAAUGACAUGGAGUAGCUUUAUUUUUAGGAUGAGGUAGGCACUUUGAUCUCUAUGUUUUAGGCUGGACACAGAUACUCAUAUCAAAAGUUUUCAAUGAUUUGAGCUUGACAAUGUAUUUCAGGUUAUAAGGGAAAUGGAACAAACAUUUUAAUAAGUGAAUAACACAUUAAGGUGUGGAGGUCUCUAAGUGGCUUGAUGGAGGUCACACAACAAAUGAGGUCUCUGGGUCUCUUCAUUCUGCAGCCUGCUGCCGCCUUUGAUGACCUGGAUCAAUUAUUCCUCCCACUGCAUCUCCCCAAUGCUUUUACAUAGCUCACACUGCACGCUGUCUCUAGACAAAUAUCUAUUAUCAUGAUAUCAAUUGCAUUUAGGAAAAUUCUCAUACUUGAUCACAAAAUUCAAUCAAUGUUUUAAUUGGGCAUGAUACCUGGAUGAUAUUCCUAUGAUAUAACCCUGGGAACAUUGCCAUUUCAGAAAGCAGGUAACAGAUGAGUAGAUUCCCAGUGACAAUCCUUCAAGGUUUACAGAGGCUGUCAUUCUCUGGGUCCUUUUAGAACUUGGAUUUCUAGCUGCAUUUCAGUGCAUGCUAAAGUCCUGCGCUAGUGACAAAAUCUUAACGUGUCUCCCUGUGAAGGUCUGUCUGUCUCAAAACAUCCCCCAGGUGUGAGGGCACUUCAAUCUGGGGAGGAUUCAAGGAUCGAACCCCUUUGAGCUGCAAGCGGUACAAGCACCAUUGAAAGACAAGCCUGCACUCUCUCCUCUGCCUCCUCUUGCCUCCUCUCAGUUUGCAGCCCAGGGUGUUGCCUAAAUGCCAAGGGCAUAUGGCUCCUGAGUUUCCCGAAGGUCAUAUAAGGGACAGCCACUGCUGAACAUGAAGGAGCUGUUCAUGUUCAGGGAACAACAGAAGAAAAUGAAAAACAUGGAGACCCUUUUGCCCCAUGACAUGUCUUACAGGGGAACGUUGUUCUGAGCACAGAGGCCUGAGGAGCUGUGGAUAGGAUCAAUGCUUCUUUCUUUAUGGGGUAUAGAGAAGUAUAUGACCAGGGUCCAAGUCUUUGUGAAGGGUCCUUCAGAAAAAUCAGUUUAUGUCAGCUCUUUCAAUAUUAAGUAUGUCCCCAUUGUUUUCUCAAAUUCUCUUCUGGACAGAUGAUGUGUGUACAAUUCUGGGCCAGGCAAUAAAGCUUGAAACAGGA